GGGCCCUUAAGAAAAAAUUAAGCUGCAGGAAUUAGAAUCUAACCUCUUUAUGAUGAAUGUGUGUUUUUACGCGCCACAUAUUACUGUCAGUGCUUUCAGAAAUAAUAGUGCGCCAUAUUGUAAUAAAGAAUUGUCCCGUGUUGUUUGUAGUUGCGUGGCACCAUUCUGUCUGCCUGACUUGACUUUAAGAGCUCCAUGUGAGGGUGCUGAAAUCCUUUUAGAGGGAAUUUAUGUACAAACAGGAGAGCGAUGUGUAGGCUCCAGGCUUCGCUAUCAGUUGUUAUUGCUGAGAGAUAUUCACAGGGAGCUAAAGCCAGACAUAGCAUUAGCUAUCUUCAGCCUCGGUGCCUUUGCGGAAAGUUGGUAAUAAAAUGAGGGCUCCUGUCGUCGUGAUUCUUAAACAUCAGUGAAUCAUCUUAUGCAGCGAGGCAGUUGCUGCUGGGGUGAGCGUGUGCUGGGGUCUUUGUGAGCCACGCUCUCUACCUAAAGAGGUAGAGGGAGCAAACCUGCUGCUGUCUAACCCAGUGUGGAGCCACAGCUGCCUUCCCCACGGAGAACCACAGCUUCAGCAGCAGCCUGGGAGAGCAGCUCUAGAAGCAGGUAAAUGUGGGAGAUGUGAGCAUAGCACCUUGAAAUACAGACACCAUAUUCCCCCCACCUAGAGCUUUCAGAUACUCCCGUCAGCUUAAAUACUGCUAACCCAAACAUUUGAACAUGAUGAGUCAAAUCUCCCUGGAAACCAAGCAGAGAAGAACCCGCAUGUGUGGAGCCGCUGGUGCUGGUGUUUGUCUCCGACAGACAGCAUGAGAAGCUCUCCUCCUCCACCUCCUCCUUUGUAGAGGACACAGCAGAACGGUAAGGAGGAAAGGCUGGGCUGGCAGCGAGGCAGAGGAUCGUCGGCUGCGGGAUGCUCACCCAAGGGCUCCGCCAGGAUGAAAGGCCAAGCGAUGUCAAUGCCGGAGCCCAUGGCAGCCCCGUCCUGCUGAUGGUGAUGUGAGCACGGCGCUGCGGAGCCACAAAGCCCUGCGAGAUGGAGGAGCUCUACAAGGAGACCCCCAACCUGCCCAUGGAUGUCACCAGCCCACCGGCAGCGAUGGCCAACAACAAGCUGGAGAACGGUGUGGCCCAGCUGAUCACGGCAGAGGCCUGGAACAUCAACUCAGCUGACCUGAUGAAGAAGGCCCUGUCCCCGCUGGUGACCGUCCCUGCUCCCUCCAUCCUGACACCGCCGGCCGAGUCACAGAGUGGGGUGGCACUGAAGGUGGCGGCCACCGUGCUGCAGCCCAUCUGCCUUGGGGACAGCCCCGUUGUCCUCCCCAUCCACCUGCAGGUGGCUGGCAGUGCUGCCCCACAGAUGCCGGCUGGUGGUGCCACCCCAUACGUCAUGACCACGCAAGGCCCCGUCCCACUGCCAGUCCUGCUGGAGCAGCAUGUCUUCCAGCACCUCAACUCACCCCUGGUGCUGCCCCCUGGCACUGCCUGCCCAGCCAGCCCCCUGCAUGGCAGCCUCUUCCCGGGCGCCUCUGCCCCUGUCAGUCAGCCCCAGCUCCUGGACCCCAAGCCCUCAGGCCCAGGCCAGGAGCCCGUGCUGCCACCCGUCUUUCAGACGCCUGGUUUCGCUGCAGUCCUGCAGGACCUUUUCCCCUCAGGGCAGGGCACCCUGGGCUCAGCCCCCUGCCAGCCCCCUCCUGACUAUGCUGCCCUCCCCCCCCAGGCCUUCAGCUCACCCCUCUCCCCUCUGGUACCCCCUGCCACACUGCUGGUGCCCUACCCUGUCAUUGUGCCACUGCCCGUCCCGGUGCCCAUUCCCAUCCCUGUCCCCAUCCCCGUACCCCACGGCGCUGAGGCCAAGGUAGCCACUGACCCACCCAAGCCCCCAGUCUUCACCCCGCAGCCCUGCAAGGGCACCCAGACUCCCCUGGAGAAGGAGGAGACAAAGCCCUUCGACCUCGUCCACCAGCGGGACUUCUCCCAGCUAAGCCGCCACACUGUCAUCAAGAUGGGCAGCGAGAAUGAGGCGUUGGACCUCUCCAUGAAGGGCCCGCCUGUGCCUCGGGCCUGCGAGGCUGCCCCGCCACCGCCAUCCCCUGAGGAUGGGGCACUGGACCUGUCUCUCUCCUCCUGCCGCAAGCCAGGGGGCCCCCAUGGGGAGAUGGCCGGCAGCGGGCCCAGUACCGAGGGCAGCCCACAGGACAAGCCGGCCACCCCUUUCACUUCCGCCAAAGCGCCAGAGGCUGCGGGCAAGGCGGAGGGCAGGGUGGCGGGGCCAGGGCCAGGUGAGCUCCUGCGGCCGCCACAGAAGUGGUUGGUGGAACCAGCCGGGAGGGCGGCCUGUGAACCCAAGGCCGGUGGCAACAACAUCGAGAUCGUCAGCACCUCGCAGACAGCCAAAGUGAUCGUCUCCGUCAAGGAUGCUGUGCCCGCCAUCUUCUGCGGCAAGAUCAAGGGCCUGUCAGGGGUGUCCACCAAAAACUUCUCCUUCAAAAGGGACAUGCCCCAGGACUCAGUGUUGCAGUGUUAUGAUGUGAAGAGCCAGCCCGAGCCCCGGGACAACGCCGAGGCGCUUAGGAAACCCGUAAAGAACAGGAGCGUAAAGCUAAAGAAAAUGAACUCGCCCGAAAUACACAUUCUUCCAAUCAAGAAGCAACGGCUCGCUGCCUUUUUUCCAAGAAAGUAAAUUAUGGGUUUUUAGAAUUUUAAGAUUAUUAUGGAAAAAAAAAAAUAAAAUAAAAAAGAUGCACUUGGUUUAAAACUCAUUUAAAACUUUAAACUAUCUUUGUAAGUUAUUUUUGGGGGAAGGGGGGAGAGGAGCAGAUGUAGAGUCCCUAUAAGCUGGGUUUCUUUUUUUGUUGGUUUGUUUUGUUUUGUUUUGUUAUUAAAUUUUGACUUUUCGUGGGAAACUGAAUAAAAGCAACCUAUUUUUCAAGCAGAUUGCACAUUUUGCAGCUUUAAUGGAGUAACGGAUGAGUCAGAGGGGUAAGAGCUAUUUUCACUGCCAUAAAGUGCUUUGAUGAUGUAAUUCUUCAUAAUGGUUAGAACGGAAAUUUCAAAAUAAAUGUUUGUACGUGCUAA